GCCGGCCCCCUCUACCUGUUUGUUUGACGUGGAACCGAGCUGUUUUUAUCAGGGAGUGGAAAAAGAAUGGAGCCUGUAGCAGGUGGGGGAGUGUAUUAACUGCUGCCAGCCACUUCCUGCUUUCACUACAAACGUUUGUUUCAGCUUACAGGAGCAAGCAGUUAUGGGUGUGUUAACUCUUCAGCUUUUGGUAUGUGGCCAGCUAAUAUUGUAUUCGCUGGUCUUGAUUAACAUAACUGAUGCACAACAGAACAGUGUGUCACCAUUAACCCUGAUAACUACAAUAGCUCCACCUCUGAAUGCAACAGGAAACUACACAGAAAAUAAUGUCUCAAAUUCAACAAGCUUUUCAGGAUACAAUAAUAACACAACAGCUCAAAACAGCCUGACAACCCCGGCAACCACUGUUGCAUUCAACAGUACUUUGGGACCCAUCCUAAGCAAUGUAACAGGAUCAGCAGGACAGCCAAACAAAACAGAAACAGCUCAGACAACCCAACCAGCCACAUCCUCACCAUCCAACAUCACAUCAACAGCUGCAGCCUCUACAGCCAACACCACUCACAGCAGCAAUGGAAGUGCUACAACAAGCACUACACCAGUGACCAAACCAACAGCUGUUACUUCAACAGCUAUCACUCAAAACAGCACAACUUCUUUGAAUGAAUCUCAAGCAGGUGGUGGCAUGAAUCAUUCAGAGAAAUCUCUGACUGUUUUAUUCAGUGUUCUGCUUGGUGUAAUAGUUCUGGUAAUUCUGGUGCACUUCAUGUACAAGUUCAGGAGGAGCAAAGAGAGAAGUAUCCAAUAUACUCACCGCCGUCUCCACAAUGAAGAUACAGGUGAGCCAUUUGCAGUGCCAGAUGACACACUGGUAAUUUCAGGAGGACUCUAUGACGGUCCUCAGAUUUAUAACCCCACCAUGACAGUGCAGAACGAAGAUUUCCAGACAGACACAUCUGGAUUUGCUUCCAGACCCACUCAGUUCCGCUUGGAGUUUCUGAGAGAGGAUCAAGACAGAGAAUUCGACCAUGAGACCUCCACCUUUGAGACAUUCCAUGCACAUGACCAAGAGCCUUAAGAUCUCAGCAACAAACCUCUUUUUAUUAAAAAAAAGAAAAAAGAAAAAAAAAACUUUCUGAGCUGAAAAUUUUUACUUUUACUUGAAGCUUCUAUGGAAGAAGACUGUUUUAAACGGUUACAUUUUUUUAAAUUUUGAAACUGAACUUUUGAACUAAAUUAGAUAAACAGAAAUGUAAAUACAAAUAUCUGUAAAACACACAACUAAAACCAACAAUAACUUUACCAGGAACCAGCAUCUUUUGAUAAACAAAGAUUCUGUAUUUUAAUCUAACAUACUACAUAGAGAAAGUGUGUACUGAGAAA